AUGCUACAGCAAUUAAAACCUACAACUGCUACGAUACAACCCCUGCCACUGCAAAAAAAUGCAACUGCUGCUGCAAGUGAAAGAGCAACAGCAACUUUAACUUCGACCUUACAUGCUACUGCAAAUGCAGCUGCAACUGCACCAGCAACUGCAGACGUAACUGAAAGUGCACAUGUUACUGCUACUAUAACUGCAACAGUAAUUGCGACUGCUACUACAACUAAAACUGCACAUGCUAACGCAACUUCUACUGCUAAAGCACAUGCAAAUGCAACAGCAAAUUUACCUGCAACUGCACAUGCAACUGCGUCUGCACAUUUCACUGCAACUGCCACUGCACAUGCAACUGCAUCUGCCUAUUUCACUGCAACUGCAACUGCUAUUUCACAUGAUAAUACAACUACAACAACACAUGCAUAUGCUAAUUUAAAUGCACUAUUACCGGCAAUUGCAAGUGCACAUGCAAUUGUAGAAGCAACUGCAAUUUCACAUGCAACUGCAACUGAUACUGCAGCUUUACAUGCAUCUGCUACUGCAACUGAAACUGCAUAUAACACUAGACACACAUCUGCGACUGACACUACAAAUGUAUAG